GCAAGAUGCAGGCGCACAUUGUCCGGCGGCAGUUUCUCGCCGGCACGAGAAUGGGACACUUCCAUCUCGCAGCGAUUAUCUGGAUGAAAAUUAUCUUUUCGCUGCAGACGAUAGAUCAUGUUGCAGUUGCAGUGCGGAUGAGUUGGUUGGUCCCGUCCACCUCGUCUCGCGGAAUCUCAUCUACUGCGGACCAUAAUUCUUCCGAAGGGCCGCACCAGACAACGGACAACAUCGAAGAAAUUGCGGUCGCGAGAACAGGUGCAGCUUGCGGAUUGACACCGGGACUGAUUUUUAGAAAUUGCAGUGAGGAAUGGAGAAAAACGAAGGCGAAAUCUUCGCGAGAAGUAACAGAGCCGCAGCACGGUAUCUGCGUGAUUUGCCACGAAUCGAUGGAUCCGCGGACGGAGGAGCCGUGUAUUAUGGUUCAGUGCGGUCACACCUUCCACACAGAGUGCAUCGCUACGAAUCGGAUUACCUACAAGCGUCUCAACUGCCCCACUUGUCGCAAGCCCGUCGGGUUCGAGAGGGAGUUGCGCGAGUUCCUGCAGUUCGGCAACCAGAAUGGUACUAGCUCUUCUUCCUCCUCGGGUUCGUCCUUUCCCGGGUCUACGUUUAUUUUCGGGAGCUGCGGUGGUAGAACUGCAACUAGUAGUAGCGGUGAUGUACGGCCUCCGAGCGCCACAGCAAGUAGGCGGUGGAGCACCAGCCGAGAUGAGCCCCUCCUCAGCCCCUCCUCCAAUAAUAACAGAUCUCCCUCCACCGCCCCUUCUCCGCAAACUUCGCCCCCUGCGUCAACCAGAGGCACCGGUGACGCACCGGAAAGAGGCCGCUACAGGCGCGUAAGUCCCACAGACGGUGGUCACCGGCAUUCUCGGCACGAUAUCCUCCCGGUGCAAGUGUCUGAUGACGGUCAUCAGAUGGCGGUGAAUAUGCCACCGCUGCCGGGGUAUCGGGUGCCACGACGGAGUCCUGGACCUCCACUUGACUACGACCCGGCGGUGGAGAACCCCGACUAUCGGUGCGAGGACGGGUCGUGCGGCAUUUACGAUUGCUGUUUUUGCAUUGCCUGCGGCGCGAUUGGGUCUUCGAUUGCCUGCUGCUGGGAGCCUGUUGCCGCCUUGUGUGACGACUCACUGGGCCUUCUCCACUUGCGCGGUUCGGGGCUUCGUGCGGUGGGGUCCUACUUCCACGCCGAAUUCCCGUGCACGCGCUGGCUGCGCGUCGGUCGGAGCGCUCUCGGCUGUGGGAUGAUGUUCACCUUUAGCGGCCAGGCCCUUGUUGGUUUGCUUUUCCUGACCGUUUUAUUCACUGGGACUGGUUGCCCGUCGGAUAAACAUGCAGUGUUUCCGUGCCCGUCCAGCCUGCACGAAGGGUUGGUCCACGGGCGCCACAAUAAAACAGCAACGAAGCCGGAGCCGCGAAAAGAGGACGUCGUCGAACACCCGGAGCGAAGACGAGGGUUGCUGAGAGCUGGACGAUUAUCGAAUCGUGCCACAGCAGAUGCUGACGCAUUUCAUCUUCCGCCGUGGUCAAGUCGCACUUCUGAGUUUAGUGGCAGCACACCGUAUCCGACAGACGUAUCACCUGCGGGCGUGCUUUCGAGGGAAAAACAAGGAGGUCUCUCCCCGCAACAAGCCGUCACCGUCCGCCAGCUUGAAGAGAUGGAUUUGUUGGCUCACGAACAAGAGGAUAUUAGCCACAGCUACGCUUCAAAGGGCGUGCCUGAAGAGGCAAGGAGGUGGAAGCCCCGUAGCGGCGUCGCGGACGGCAGUUCCGCGCGCGAGUUUUUCCCGCGGCACAGAGCAAACGCAGAUGCGCCGUCCUGGGCAAGUUAUUACACCAGCAAUGCGGACCUUGAUAUGAAUUCGGAGUCGCGACCCGUCGGACUUCGUGGAUUUUCUGCGGCGAGAAGGAGAAGCCAACGGGUGCCUCCACUCGGAGGCUGGCAGCCACGACAGACUCCGGAGGAGAUGAAAAAAUAAGUAGUGCGUUGCUGCCAGGAGAUGCAACGGGCUAACAAGGCAAAACGCUUUACUGUAUCUGAUUCCAUACGUAUCUACUUAUUUAUAUGUUAGAUGGAUGUUGGUUGCAGCACAUGGACAAGCAAAAAAGAAGCACCAAAAGCAGCCAGGCAGAGUUGAUGUUGAUAAAUAUUUUAGAAAUUGCUACAUACUUCUUCAGCAGGGAAACUGUUGACUUCACGAGCAGCUAUUUAGUUCUGUGGCUUUUAACCUUGACUUUUUGAAAAAUUAGAACGACAGGCCAGCCCGUCAAUAAAGUUUCGAUGAUCCAAAUGUAAAUGUAAAUCGAACUGAGAAUCUGAAUCAAUGAAAAUGCUUUGAUUUUGUUUCCACUCGAAAAUUAUAUGCUGCUUUGGAUGUGUGUGUGUGUCGGUGAUUCGCCGUGUUGCAAGAUUUUUUUCCAUCGUGUAAAAAUGGUUCAUGAGUGUUUCAUGAACUAUGCUAACAAAAACCGGUGCGUGUUCUUUUUCG